UGGAAGAAACCGAAACCAAAGUUUAUCUCUCUCUCUCUCUCUCUCUCUCUCUCUCUCUCUCUCAGUCGCUCGCAUAACCUUUUCGCCGAAACUCAUAUUCUCAGCCGAGAACAAAAAAUUCAGCCAUCACCGAUCAAAAUGGGUUGUACUGUGAGGGAGAAGCAUGUGAAACCGAGCCGUAGGAUCCGACCCGUUGCCUUAAGAUCCGACCCGCCUCUAUGUUUGAUCGAGAGGAUUGCUCUGUCGAAAUCAAUCGUGGAGUCAAGUCUCAAAAACCUUGUUUAUCAUCCAGGUCUUACUGAUUCUGGCUCUGUUGUUGUUAAUUCGUCGUCGAGCCCUAGCGAGGAGGAGGAGGAGAACAUGUGGGGUUAUUGUACUGAGGAGCAUUUGGAAGAGAUAUUGCUUAAACAUUUGGAGUUUUUCUAUAACCAAGCUGUUUCCAAGCUUCUUGACUUGGGUUACGAGGAAGGUGUCGCGGUUAAAGCGGUUUUGAGUAAUGGUCACUGCUAUGGUGAGUUGGAUGUUUUGACCAACAUUGUGAAUAAUUCAUUGUCUUAUCUGAAUAGCAGCACUAGUUGUGAUGGUCAAGUUGAGGAUCGAUCAGAGACUGAUUUUACUGAUUUGAGAGAUUUGGAGGAGUAUUCGCUUGCUGGUAUGAUUUACUUGCUGCAACAAGUUAAGCCUAAUUUGAGUAAAGGUGAUGCAAUGUGGUGUUUGUUAAUGAGUGAGCUCCAUGUUGGUAGGGCGACUACUAUGGAUAUCCCUACUCCAGGGAAUAGAGCUCGUUGUUGUUGUACUAGUAGUACUAAGGAUGAUGAUAGCAAUAAAGAAGAUGUUGUUGGUAGUACUAGUUUAGAUAUCGCUGGUUUCAUGGCGCCAGCAUUGUGUCGUUUCCAUGGAGGUUGGGAUUUUGGGAACGGGGGAGGGCCUGAGUUUUCUGGUAACGGGUUUUCUACAAGCGGUGCUGCUGCUGAGUUAAAACUGCAGAGAGAGAUUGAUUGUCCCAAAAGGUUUAAUCUUUCCCCUUCCAUGAAGUCCUUGUUGAAGCGGAAUGUUGCAGCUUUUGCUGCUGGGUUUCGUGCUAGUAUGAAGCAGAAGCAGAUUCAGUCUGGAACUAGUGGCGAUCCUGCACGUGUGGAAACUUGUGAGCAGCCACGCAAGUCAGGGAGUGAAGAAAGUGUUAGUUCGGUGUUGGAGAAAUUUCGUGAUCUGAACCUUGAUGAUGAUAAUCUUGAAUCGGUGGGUGAGGAUGGUAAGGAUUGUGUGAUAGUCAAUCUGCUUCAUCAAGUCAAGGAUCUCGAGAAGAAGUUAAAGGAGAGGAAGGAAUGGGCUCACCAGAAGGCAAUGCAAGCUGCCCAAAAGGUUAGCGAAGAAUUGGCCGACCUUAAGUCACUGAAUAGUGAAAGAGAAGCAAUCCAACUGCUGCUGAAAAAGGGGAAAAAAGCUGUUGAAGAAUCAACCCUUAAAAGAUUAGACGACAAGGAAAGUGAAGUUAAAAAAGCUACUACUCAAAUGGACAGCGCAAAUAAGAUAGUAAGAAAGCUUGAGAAUCAAAAUGCAGAAAUCCGAGCAGAGAGGGAGGGUUCCAAAUUAAGUGCUUCCGAAUCGCUUAAAGCGUGCAUGGAAGAAACAAAGAAGGAGAAAAAAUGCUUGAAGAAGCUUGUGGCAUGGGAGAAGCAGAAACUCAAGUUGCAGGAUGAGAUUACCGCUGAGAAAGACAAAAUCAAUGCUCUUUAUAGGACUUUAGCUCAGACUACACAGGAUGAAAAGGACAUCGAGGCGAGAUGGAGACAAGAGCAGAAAGCAAAGGAGGAAGCUCUGGCUCAAAUGGAGGAAGAACAACGCUCGAAAGAAGCAGCUGAGGGUCACAACAAGAGAAAGCUCGAGACUCUACGGUUAAAAAUCGAACUAGACUUCCAAAGACACAAAGAUGAUCACCAAAGACUAGAGCAAGAACUCUCUAGACUCAGAGCCUCUUCAGAUACCGACUCAAGCCACUUAUCCAACAACGUUUGGAAAGCCGAAAAAUCCCAAGGAGAAAACAUUGCUAAGCUGCUUGAAGAACUCGAUAAACUUGAAGGGACUAAUGAGAAUGAAGCAAACUAUGAUCGAGAAUGCAUCAUCUGUAUGAAAGAUGAAGUCUCUGUGGUGUUCCUUCCUUGUGCGCAUCAAGUUGUGUGUGGUAGUUGCAGUGAUAGCUUCUUUGCGAGCAACAACAAUGGCGGAAGGAAAGUCACUUGUCCUUGUUGUCGAAGUUUGAUUCAACAGCGAAUCCGUAUCUUUGGAGCUACCUCAUAAAAGCUGAAAUUAGCUUCUGGUUCCAAAGAGUUCAUCACAACUUCAGUUUUUUACUUUUGUAAGUAAAAAAAAUAAAAGCUUAGCUUCUUCUUUGAGAGAUAUUUAUACUCACCAAAUUUGUUUUUUUUUUUCCGACAAAAGAUCCUGCACGAUGUAAAAUAUAACCUUACAAUCGUGAUCAGAACUUUUAGAGCCAAUCUUAUUAAGGAUGAUCUUCAAUUCGAUUUUGGAGAAAAACAAGUAUCUACGGUUCGGUUUCUAAA